AUGCUGAACUCGAAGACAACGACGACGGUGAGGAUUGCCCAGACGGAGUGGCUGACGAUGUCGCGGGGCUCCCGGAGGAAGACGAGCAGCGAGAUGAGCGCGAGCUUGCCCGCGAACACGGGCUUCCGCGGGUCGGCCCGCGCGAACGCCCACAGCUCCGCCACCGCGCCGCACGCCGCCCCCCACCAGCGGGCCACAGCGCCGCCGGCCCGGCGGAGCAGGCCCUCCUUGGGCCGCUGCUCCUCCCCGUCCCCGGGCUGGGAGGUGGUCGGCAGGGUCCAGGCCGAGGAGAGCAGCGGGACCGCCGCCCCGCGCUGGUCCUCUAGCGUCGACCACAGCGACCCAGCCUCGCCGGCGGCGGCGCCGGUGUUGGCGUUGGCGGCCGCGCGGCCGAGGCCACGGCCAUGGAAGCGGUCGGCGGAAGGUUACGGUUACGGCCUUACGGGGGGAUGCAUCCGCCGGUGGGGCCUGCAGGCGAUACGGAAGCGAAUCGCACUGGGAUUGUUUGCUCUGGGCGCUCGGGUUCUGUCGUGUCCGGGAGGGAGGGAGGAUGUGCAGCUUGCAGAGAAGAGUGCAGUGCGCUGCUCUGUCUGCUUAUCGUGA